AAGCGCCCAGAAAUCUCUCUCUCGCCGUCUGCUUCUCUGCUCCCUCCUACACGAAGUUUCAACACUUCGCUCGAACACAACCAGGGCGAGAAGACGUUGAAGAAGAUAAAUUCUUUUAAUCAAAAAAAAAAAUGCACGGAAGCGGGCACAGUCUAACGGGCGCUCCGCAUCAAAUUCCGCCGCCACGGACACAGGGAGCCGCCACCGGUGGCCAACAACUCUCGGCGACAGCUAAUCAAUUUGUUGAUAAAAUCGAUCCGUUCCAUAAUAAAAGAGGAACUUCUAGACGAUUGCGCAUCAACAACAGCAGCCGAUAUAAUGUUGAUUCGGCUCAAGAACUCGUACAAUUGGCGCUCAUCAAAGAUACUGCUGCAAAUGAGCAACCGGCUCUCGUUAUCGAAAAGCUCGUCCAAUGUCAGCACGUAUUCGAUUUCUAUGAUCCAGUAGCUCAACUGAAAUGCAAAGAAAUCAAAAGAGCAGCUCUAAAUGAGCUCAUCGAUCACAUUACAUCGACAAAAGGAGCAAUUGUUGAGACAAUUUAUCCGGCUGUCAUUAAAAUGGUUGCCAAGAAUAUAUUCCGUGUACUUCCACCAUCAGAAAAUUGUGAAUUUGAUCCAGAAGAGGAUGAACCGACUUUAGAAGUCUCGUGGCCACAUUUACAGCUUGUCUACGAGCUCUUCCUGAGAUUCCUUGAGUCGCCAGAUUUCCAAGCUUCAAUCGGUAAAAAGUAUAUUGAUCAGAGAUUUGUGCUCAAGCUGCUCGAUUUAUUCGAUUCGGAGGAUCCACGUGAACGAGACUUUUUGAAGACGGUUCUUCAUCGUAUUUACGGAAAAUUUUUGGGCCUUCGGGCUUUUAUUCGCAAACAUAUCAAUAAUAUGUUUUUGAGAUUCGUAUACGAAACGGACUCAUUCAACGGUGUCGGUGAGCUUCUCGAGAUUCUUGGCUCAAUUAUAAACGGAUUUGCUCUUCCAUUGAAGCAAGAGCACAAGGUUUUCCUUGUAAAAGUUCUUCUACCAUUGCACAAACCGAAAUGCUUAUCACUGUAUCAUGCACAGCUCGCCUACUGCGUCGUUCAAUUCAUCGAAAAAGACUCAUCACUGACUCCACAAGUUUUUGAGGCUCUGCUCAAAUUUUGGCCUCGAACAUGUAGCAGCAAGGAGGUUAUGUUCCUGGGUGAAGUGGAGGAAAUUCUCGACAUUAUCGAACCGGAACAAUUCAAAAAGAUUAUCGAUCCAUUAUUCCGUCAAUUGGCCAAAUGUGUCAGUAGUCCACAUUUUCAAGUUGCUGAACGGGCUCUCUACUUUUGGAAUAAUGAAUAUAUAUUGUCAUUAAUUGAGGAUACAAGCAGUUUGGUGAUGCCGAUUAUGUUCCCAGCGCUCUAUCGGAUUUCCAAAGAGCACUGGAAUCAAACAAUUGUUGCACUUGUCUAUAAUGUACUCAAAACUUUUAUGGAAAUGAAUGGAAAACUGUUUGAUGAGCUUACUUCUACGUACAAAGGUGAACGAUUGCGGGAAAAGCAACGAGAAAAGGAUCGUGAUGCUUUUUGGAAGAAAAUGGAAGCUCUUGAAUUGAAUCCACCGGCUGAAGGAAAAGAAGUGACACCUUCGUUGUUUCCAGAGAAGUUGACUGAUUAUUUGAAGAAGGACGGUCCAAAUAUGACGCCACUGCCAGUUGCAACUGCAGGUGGCGGUGAUAAAUCUCCAUCUGUAGUGAAGAAAUCGUCAACAGGAUCAGAAACGACGACGCCGGCUAAAAAAUAAAGCUCCUAUCAAUCAUUUCUUAUUCUUCUUCUUCAAAAAAAAAAACUCGAUAUCAAUGGUGAUAUAUAUGAUGAUAAGCACCUCUUCUAUUUUUCCAAAAUGCUCUCCGUCUCUGCGUCUCCUUCUUAUACACACUCUCUCGUCUUCUGCUGCUGGAUCGAAACCAUUUUAUUUGAAAUAAAAUCAAUCGAUAAUUGUACACACACAAAUCCCCGAAAACCCGCUAAAUCACACACAUUACCCACCCCACCCCAACCAAAAAAUAAACGCCAUCAUUAAUAUUAUUUUUCUCUUUUUUUAUUAUUUUUCCUUUUUUCCCCCAAAUUUUAUUGAAUUUCUUCCAUUUUUCGCCCUCUUUUCUGAAAAUUCGUGUUUUUGCUCACCAUGUCUUCGUGUUUUUCUUUUCCCUCUCCACUUUUCCCUUUCUCUCUCUCUCUCGUCGUCGUUUUCCACAUAUUUUAUUCCAGAUUUUUCUCUAUUCAUAAUAUUUUUGUUGUAUCCCAAAUUCUAUUAUCGAGUUGCGAACAAAUGGUGAUUUUUGGCGGAAAAUUAGGGUCUCGCCGCGAAAAAACAAUUUGCUACAGCACCCCUUUAAAGGCGCACGAUAGCGUCGAGACCUUUUUUAAUCAAAAAUCGAUAUUUUCUCCGCAACUGGGUAAUAUUACUGAACUAUUUCAGAUUUUUAAAUAUACAUUUUUUUGUGCCCCGUUUUAUUUUUUUUUGUAUGUCUGUUGUCUCUAGUAGUAUCAAAUAUCAAUACCAAAAAUAAUGUAUGGAAUAUUUUUUAAUAUUAGUGUUGUAAAGAUCCCCCUCCUCCUCAAAAUGUCCCAAAAAUUGCGAAGAAACAAAAAAAUUCACUCUCUCCCCCUCUUUCUCUCUCUCUCUGUAUGAAUUUUUUGUAUUUAUAUACACAAACAUACACACACACAUACACACCAUAUAUCGAUUGAAUUGAACUUUUUCCCCCAAAUUUUG